AUGACUGUUUCAAAUAGCAACGGCGAAAGCCAUUUUCUGCUGUCCACAGUCCCGGCGUUAACCGUUGAGGGACCAUUCGCACUGGAAGCCGAGUUCCAAGCCGAUUCGGAUCCUAGCAAAGUCAACUUGAUCAUAGGGGCUUAUCGGGAUGAUCGGGCUCGACCAUGGCAACUCAGGGCGGUUGUGGAGGCCAAAAGACAGUUGAGGGUUGAAUCCUCCUUUCAUGAGUACUUGCCGCUCCAAGGGAGUCGUGAGUUUAUCGGGGCCGCCAAGCGACUCAUUUUUGGGGAUGCUAUUGUGAAUAAGAUAAGCGAAUCGAUUGCCUCUAUCCAGACAGUCUCGGGAACUGGGGCCAAUAGUCUCAUAGCCAAAUUCUUGGACAAGCACACUCGUUGUGGUAGUAUAUGGCUUCCGGAUCCGACUUGGGUCAAUCAUAAGGAUAUCUGGGAAGUGAAUGCGCCACGCAUCGAGAUGCGUUGCUAUCCCUAUUACAGCGACUCGACCCAGGCUGUUGACUUUGACCAAAUGUUGCAGACUCUCAACGAUGCUCAACAAGGCGACGCCAUCCUACUCCACGCCUGUGCGCAUAAUCCUACCGGGCAAGAUCCCACAGAAGAGCAAUGGGACAAGAUUGCACGGCUGUGCCAGGCGAAGAAGCUGUUUGUCAUUUUUGAUUCAGCCUAUCAGGGCUUCGCCUCGGGAGACUUGGAUCGGGACGCUUGGGCAGUGAGACACUUCGCUGCCUUUUCCGACCUCGAGAUUGCCGUAUGUCAAUCCUUUUCCAAGAAUCUCGGUCUUUAUGGGGAGCGCGUGGGUGCGCUUCACGUCGUCAUGACCCGCUCCCCGCCCACCACUGCUACUCACGUACAAAAUCGGCUUGUCGAUCUUCAUCGAGCUUUCGUGUCUAUGGCUCCUCUCUUCGGCUGCCGUGUGGCCAAUCAGAUAUUUCAAAAUCAAGAGCUCCAAGACAUGUGGCAGGCUGAUCUCACGACUAUGAGUGGUCGAAUCAGCUCGAUGCGAAACGCACUCUAUUCUGAGCUACUGAGGCUACGUACGCCUGGCGACUGGGCACAUGUCAAGAACCAAGUUGGUAUGUUCUCUUAUACGGGGUUAAGCAAGGAAGAGGUAAAGGUAUUGCGAACAAAAUACCAUAUCUAUAUGCUUCCGUCGGGCCGGGCCUCAAUCUGCGGCCUUACAAAUACAAAUGUCAAGUACGUGGCUCAAUCCAUCCACAAGGUGGUAACAGAAAGCAAUGGUAGGAAGACUCUGUGCAACGGAGUCAAUGAGUAG